CCCUCCCAUCGUCACCGCUCAUCGUCGUCCUCAUCCUGCUCAGCAGCAUACAAGGCACAUGGAUCGCCUCACAACUCGCAGCUUAUCAAAGCUGCGUUCUUCCUGCCCCUACCUCCUCCGCACUCCAACUUCCACUCUCCGCUCGCUGAGUACAACCGCUUCCGCCCAGGCAGGUCUCACCAGGCUCGCCGUCACCGCCCAGAAAUGCCCCGUCAUGGGACCCGCUCUCGCCGUUCGCGCGGCUCAGAUCGGGCAUCCUGCUAAGUCUGCCGGGCCCUCUAAAGGAUGCCCGUUCCACGCUGCCCAGGGCAAGCGCGGCUACGCCUCCGUCGCUGGUCGCGCGGAGGUCGACGAGAUCCACAAGAAGGCCGGUGUCGCUGCUGUUCCUGCCCAGGGUAUCUGCCCCCACGCUGCUGCCGGAGCUCGGGCGGCUGCUGUCGAUACGCCUGCUCCUGGCACCCCGGUCGACUCCAAGGCUGCGUCCGCUGAGCAGACGCAUGAGCACGAUGGGAAGGCAUAUGACUACGAGGCGUUCUACCGCUCCCAGCUCGAGAGGAAACACAAAGACUCGAGCUACAGGUACUUCAACAACAUCAACCGCCUGGCGAAGCAGUUCCCUGUUGCGCAUACAGAGAACACUCAGGAGAAGGUCGAUGUGUGGUGCAGCAACGAUUAUCUCGGGAUGGGAAGGAACGAGGUGCUGUUGGAUACCAUGCAUCGUACCCUCGACCGCUACGGUUCCGGAGCCGGUGGGACGAGAAAUAUCGCCGGUAACGGUGCACUGCAUCUCUCCCUCGAAGCCGAGCUCGCGAGACUGCAUCGCAAGCCUGCUGCAUUGGUGUUCUCCUCCUGCUAUGUCGCGAACGACGCUACGUUGGCCACGCUCGCGUCCAAGCUCCCCGGUUGUGUCAUCUUCUCCGAUGCAUUGAACCAUGCGUCUAUGAUCGAGGGCAUCAAACAUUCUGGCGCGAAGAAGGUGAUCUGGAAACACAACGACCUUGCUGACCUUGAGGCGAAACUGGCUGCUGUUCCGAAAGAAACCCCGAAGAUCAUUGCUUUUGAGAGCAUAUACAGCAUGUGCGGCUCAGUUGGACCCAUUAAGGAAAUUUGCGAUCUGGCAGACAAGUACGGUGCGAUCACAUUCAACGACGAAGUGCAUGCAGUUGGCAUGUACGGUCCGCACGGGGCAGGUGUUGCGGAGCAUCUGGACUUCGAGGCGAACGCUAAGGCCCCAGAUGGCGAGCGGGUCCCUGGCAGCGUCAUGGACCGUAUCGAUAUCAUCACUGGCACACUUGGCAAGGCAUGGGGUACGGUAGGCGGCUACAUUGCCGGCUCGCAUGACUUUAUCGACACGAUCCGUUCUUAUGCUCCUGGGUUUAUUUUCACUACUUCCCUUCCACCCGCAACGGUCGCUGGCUCUCAAGCGUCCAUCGCCUACCAGAGCGCGCAUAUCGCUGACCGCCAACUCCAGCAACUGAACACGCGUGCCCUCAGGUCUGAGUUGGCAAAACGCGAUAUCCCUGUCGUCCCCGGUCCGUCGCACAUCGUCCCUAUCCUCGUGGGAGACGCAGCGCUUGCCAAAGCAGCUUCCGACCGCCUCUUACGGAAAUACAACAUAUAUGUGCAAUCGAUCAACUACCCUACUGUCCCCGUCGGUGAGGAAAGGCUCAGGAUCACCCCCACUCCUGGGCACUCGAAAGCCCAGAUGACGCACUUGAUCAACUCCCUCGAAGAGGUAUUCAACGACCUAUCCAUCCCUCGUGAAUCUGAGUGGGUCCGCCGGGGCGGCCGUGCAGGCGUAGGCAUGCCCGGCGCGCAAAAGGUCAACUCGAUCUGGACGGACGAACAGCUCGGACUGCUAGACGGUACGGCCCCGAAGAUGCUGGACGAGCUUCCAAAGGGACGCGCGAAGAUCGAUGAGCGCGCAGCUCAGAUUGCGGAGAAACGCCUGGAGCACCUCUUAGGCCCCAGCACGCGGGCCAUAAGGUUCGCAAACCCGGUCGAGGAGCACGUCAGAGCGCCCGAAGUGCCCGUGGAGAUCCUUAACGAGGCGGGGCUGGGUAGUGCGACUGCCUGAUCUGCCUGAUCUGACGUUGAGAAUGCCAAAUGCCACAAAUGGCAGCAAAUGUCUUGUAAUUCUCCUCAAAGUGUUUCUAAGCGUCACGGUGAUGUACUGCCUGUACGCGCUCAAUCUACCGAAGUAGCCCAAAAUGAAUGGGCCCGGGAAUGAUAUUUGUUUUCUGUAU